AUGUCUCGCCUCGUUUCCCUACCACAUCUGCCAAUCGACCAACACCGUAUCACUCGACUAGACUCAUCUCACUUUCGGCUGGCUAUCCUUCUCUUCCUCUCUCUCUCUCUCUCUCACUCUCUCACACUCUCUCACAACAACAGAACGCUAGUCGCAUUCCUCGCCCAUUUGCUUUUCCUGCGACACUCUUCGCGCAACCUCAACGUAGACGACGACAACGACGACGACGAUAACGACGACGACGACAAAGGCCCGGCAAUCUCCCCACAGCGAAACCCCGACUGCGGUGAGCCAGCCCACCCCAAGCCAUCCGCCAUGCGCCCCGUCAAGGCCACGCGAUGGAGGGCGGUGAGCCGCAACUCCGACAAGGCCUCGAUCCUCGCCCUCCUGGGCAUCUCCGAGCUGUUGAAGCUGCGCGGCAAGUGGCGCAUGGCCCUGAAGGUCGGCAACCUGGCCCUGCACCAGUCCCGGGGCCUGGGGACCCUCACCGAGGGGCUCGCCCUGCUCAGCGUCGGCCACUCUCACCGCAACCAGACCCCGGAGGACUGGGUCGCCGCCCAGCACCACCUCCGCAUGGCCAAGCUGCUGCUCGAGGGCCUCCCGCCGAGCGAGGACCAGACCUUCUACCUCAUGCGCGCCGUCCUGCUGCUCGGCGACACCCUCGUGCGCCGUGAGGACCUCGGCGACAUGGCCGAGGCCGAGGAGCUGGCGCACCUGGCCGAACGCCUGCUGCGCCAAAACCGCGACCGGCCGGCCGGCGAGACGACGGCGGCGACCACGGGCAGGUCGUUCCGCUGGACGCUCUUCACCGGGUCGUGGCGCGACUUCUGCGUGCACUCCAUGGUCGAGCUGGGCGAGAUCUACUACUACACGAGCCGCUGGGCCGAGGGCGAGAAGCUGCUCCGCGAGCUGGUGCCGACGCUCGUCAAGCGCCGGGGCAAGCGGCACGUCACGACCAUCGAGGCGCAGCGCGACCUCGCGAGCAUGCUGGUCAACCAGGACAAGUACGAGGAGGCCGAGACGGCGUACCGCAUCGCCCGCGACUGGAACGAGGAGGUGCCCGUCUUCGGCCACGAGGAGAAGGCCGCCAUCGACUACAACAUCGCCAUGUGCCUGUCGGAGCGCGGCCGCGACCGCGAGGCCAGCGCCGAGAUCGCCAACAUGGACCUGGCCGCCGACCUGCUGCACUACGCCAACGGCGAGUGGACGCUGAAGCUCGCGCGCCUCACGAGCCUGCGCCUGAGGCGGUACGACGACGUGGUCGCCCUCUGCCGCCGCUUCCAGGGCGUGCUGGACGAGCACCGCGCCCGCUUCGGCCCCUGCAGCCCCGUGACGCUGCGCAACAUGGAGGACCACGUCACCGCCCUCAAGGCCCUGCGCCGCUGGGACGAGGCCAUCGCCAUCCUGCGCGACAUGUGCCGCCGCGAGGCCUCGGACGUCGCCCGCGUCGUCGAGCAGACGCUCGAGACCCGCCUCAACCUCGCCCACACCCUCCGCUGCGCCGGCCUGCACGCCGAGGCCGCCUACGAGUACCGCAAGUGCCUCGAGAUCGAGCGCGCCGCCUCGGACGACUUCCGCGACGAGGCCCAGAUCCGCAACAUCCUCAAGUACCUCGCCUACCUGUACGAGCUGGCCCGCGACGAAGCCAACGCCCUCGUCGCCUACGCCCAGCUGCAGAGGGAGUACUGGGGCCGCCCCGGCCAGCGCCACAACUUCAUCAAGUACGAGUGGUGCCGCGGCAAGAUGUUCAUGCUGCAGGGCCGCUGGGAGCACGCGCUCAAGCUGCUGCUGAGCGCCCUCGCCGUCAAGAGGGGCCUGGACACGGCCGUCUCCAUCAUCUCGGGACUGCCGAUCGAGGCCGUCCACGCUUUGCAGCCGGGCAGGAGGAGGGUGCCGGAGGGGUCCCCGCCGCUCCGGCACGAGAUAGCCGAAGUCGUCGUCGUCGUCGGCGGCGGCGGCGGCGACCACGACGAGAAGUCUGCCACGGGCAAGGCCGGGAUCGGUGGUGGGGGUGGCCGCGUCCGCAUCAUGGCGCUCAACGCCGACAACGACGACGACGAUGACGACGACGACGACAACACGGAUCAAUCGUGGGACGAGGUGGACUGGUGGGAGGAAGUCAUCAAGGACGCCGUCGAGGCCGUGCGCCGGGAGCAGCCCUUCCAGGCGUGCACGCCGCUCGACGAGGCCGACUCGGAGGUGGACGAGGACGAGGGGGCCGAGACGGUCGACGCCGUCCUGACGAUGAAAAGCAGCUACCCGGCGGUCCCGGCCGACGACGAGUGGGGGCAGCCGCAGUGGCCCCGGCUCCCUGACACGUACGAGGAGUUGGUGGUCCAGCAGAGGAGGGUGAUAGAAGAGAGUCGGCCGUGGGUCCCCUAA